AUGGGUAAAAUUCAUUUUAAUACGUCUGUACCUGAUUCGGAUCAAAUAACAAAAAAUAAAAAUGCAGAAGGUGAUGGGGGACCAUUAAAAGUGUCCGCGAAUUCAGCAAGGAAAGCAAAGAAUCAUUUGCAACGUGUCGUUUCAAUGUUUUAUUGUUUUCUAAUAUUUGCCAUUGGUUUAUCUAUUACACUUUACAAUACCGGAGAAAAAGUAGCUGAAACUGAAAACUCAUUUGUUUCAUUUUAUACCAUAAUGUUUGUCAGCUCUAUCAUUGUUAUGAUUUUCACACUGGGCUACGUGUAUCAACAUCGCAAUGCUAGUUUGGAAGCAAUCGAAAAAGGAGAGCUAUCAGCUCCCAGAAUAGCCUUCUCAUUUCGUGGUGAAGAUGUAAACUUGUAUCUGCGUUUCGGAAUUGGAUUGUUUGCGGCUAUGUCUAUCGUUCACUCAGCUACAAGAUGUUAUGAAAUUGCGAAGAAGUAUCCGUUACAUGCGGCCUCUAUUAUUUACAUAUUUUUCAAAAUUCUGUUCUUUAUCACUCAGACUGUAUUUUUGCUACUUUUACACCGUAUAGUAAUUCUUGUGAGAAUACGAAUCUUCAGUUUUAUACUACUACACAUUCUAACGGUGAAUCUGUGCAUCUGGUCAGAUGCUGUUAUUAAAAAAAUAUCUAAGAGUAUUGGAACUUUGGCUGUUCUAAAUGUGACUGUUGUACAUAAAAAGUAUGAACUAGCGGCAACAAAUUAUUUUCUCCCUGCAGUACCAGAAUAUUGUGCGAUUGCUGUGGCUGUAGUUUACGAAUUGUUACACCGUGUUGGGCAGUUGAAGCAAAUCGAAUGUCAACAUGAAAAAAAAGAAGAACAUCAUGUGAAAUGUGUUGAUCGUGGUUCCAUUGGCAUCAUUAUUGGAACAAUUAUAAUUUGUAUUGUUAUGGGAGUUGUAAUGUUAUUGGAGAUUUGGGGGAAAAAAAUUCAUGAUUACGUAUAUAUUGCUCAUUCAACUGAAACAAGCAUACUUUUUAUUAUUGCAUUGAUAUUCUGUGUUAUUGGUAUAUGGAGUACGAGAAAAUUAAAAUUCUCCGUGAAUUUUUCAAAUCAAAAUUUAGAUAGCAAAUUAUUAAUAGUUACAUUUUUUAUAACUGUCACAUUUUUAGUGGCAUGUAUUCUACUCAAUAUCGCAUUUUUAUUGGGUAAUGGUUUCAAUAAAAAUGAACAACAGUGUCUUAAAUUACAUUUAUUCUCAGCACUUUUAGAGUUAAUACAAGUUACAGUACAGAAUUUUUUCAUAAAUGACUUAUUCUAUAGAUGUUGUCACGACGCAUCAUAUCAACAGCGUAAACCAGGCCGUGCAAUGAUUGCAUUAUUAUCAGCCAUAAAUUUUUCAUUGUGGAUGAUUUAUAGCUUUCAGGCAAAACAUAACAAUAUACUACUCAGUGUGAAUAAAAACUAUGUACAAACAAGUGAACUUCAAAGUUUGUUCAUCUACAUAAAUGUAUCUCUUCCAAUGGUUAUGUUAUAUCGUUAUCACAGUAGUGUGUGCUUAGCAAUUGAAUACAUUCGUGUAUAUGAAGAUGAAAUAACACGAUAUGAAAGUAUGUUACGUGGAGUACCGCAUACUAAAUUACUACCAUUUGGUUCUAAGUGGGAGGUAAUUGAAUCGCAGCACUCGAAUUACCCUUCAUCAGCUAAUUUACUGACAGCACCUAGAACCAGAGCUUUAUCAGAACCUGUAGUAACAUUGAAUCCAAGUGCUUUUUUAAAAGAAAUUAAUACACUGGAUAAAAACAACGCUAAAAGUAGUAGAAAUCAUGAGAAUAUUUCAAGUUUAAAUGAACAAGAAAAAGAAGAACAAAUUAUAAGAUCAAAUAAACUGGAACAAUCAAAAUUGCCGAAGUACACCAAUCAAAAUAAAAGACGUACAACACAUAUCAGUAUGGAAUUAGCACAAUAUCGUGUAAAUGCUAGUGAAAUGGAGCAUCGUUUGGCUGAAAUGAAAUUAAAAAAAUAUAAACGUGGGAAAGAUGAUCACUCAAUAAAUGAGAAGUUAACACCUAAUAGAUUGAAUCCACAUAAAGAAGCAGAGCCAACAAUGUCAACUUCGUUAUCCGACAGCGCAUUAUCUACAGUACGUACCACGGAUACGAUUAAUGAGGAUGAUGAUGAAGAUGAUGUUACUGGUGGUAUGGAAUGUGACGAUUACGGACGACAGAAUCCAUCACCUGAAUCAUGUUAUUAUACUAAAACAGGGGAUAGUAGUUCAGCUACAUAUCUUACACAAAGUCAAUUAUAA